UGCCCCGGAAGCUGUGCUAUAAGAGCGCUGCUGCUGUAGUUAGUUUGGGUGCCAGGAGGUUUGAUAUCACACUGUCUCUAGGUUUUUUGUGCUUUAAACUCCCCGCAUGUCUGCAGGAUGAAUUACAUGCCAGGCACCGCCAGCCUCAUUGAGGACAUCGACAAAAAGCACCUUGUUCUGCUCAGAGAUGGGAGAACACUGAUUGGGAUCCUCAGAAGUAUAGAUCAGUUUGCAAAUUUAGUUUUGCAUCAAACAGUGGAACGUAUCCACGUUGGUAAGAAGUUUGGAGACAUACCCCGAGGGAUCUUUGUUGUCAGAGGAGAAAAUGUUGUCUUACUUGGAGAAGUAGACCUAGAUAAAGAAUGUGAUCAGAUCCUUCAGAGAGUUUCCAUUGAGGAAAUUCUGGAGGAGCAGCGGGUGGAGCAGCAGGCAAAGCAGGAGUCUGAGAAGCGGAAACUACAGGCAGUAAAGGAGCGAGGCUUGUCCAUCCCUAAAGCAGACACAUUGGAUGAUUUCUGAGACGCCUUUAGGUUAAUUUUUUUUGCUUGUUUUGUUUUCAGUUUUAGUGAGUAUUACACACGUGACCUUCAAUGAAUGCAUCACAGAAGACUGUGAUCAUGACCGUUUUUGUUUUUAUGUAAGUCAUGCUCUGCGUGACCAUUACCAUCUUUUCCUUUACGGCCGAUGGUGCCGUAUUGAAACUGAAGAUGGACCAAACGGAAGCACUUGGCCUGCUGGCUUUUAUUUUGAACUUUGUAGAGAAGAAUAAUGGAACCUUAAACUCAGUGUUUGUGUCGUUGAGGUGAUGUUAUGGUGGCGUUUAUGUUGGUAUGCUAUGUUAAAUCACGCUAAACAGCACUGAAGAUAUUUUUGUUCUAUUAAACCUAUUUUGUACUGAAUAA